UAAAAUACAAGCAUCUUGCAAAGCCUCCCCCUCCCCCUCCACCAUCACAAUCUUACCAAGUCCUCCUCCUCUCCAACUCAAGCAGCAAACUCAACGAUCACAAGCAAAGCCAUAGCCCGCUCGCCCGCCGUGAUGGACCCCUCGACUCCUCCCUCCUCCACCGCCGCUCGCCGCGCCGCCGCCAUCGCCCGCCACCUCGUCGGCCUGUCCCCGCUCGCCGACGCCGCCCACGCGGCGCUGGAGCCCUCCGCCUGCCUGAGCUACGGGUCCCCCGAGUCGUCGGAGCCCGCCCCGGCGUUCUCGCCGCUGGAGCUCCGCCUGCUCCUCGACGGGCACCACGUCCGGGAGCGCGACUGGGCGUUCCGCGCGAUGGAGGAGAGCCCGCUCUUCUGCCCGCGCCGCUGCGGCGGGAGGGUGUUCGUGUCGCCGGACUACAACGAGGGCAAGGAGGGGCAGCGGGAGGCCACGAUGCGGCGCGUCGGCUACCUUGCGCGGCGGGGGGUGUUCCGGGGCUGGCUCACGGAGCCUGGGCCCGAGGCUGAGCUCCGCAAGCUCGCCCUGCUCGAGUGCCUCGGCGUGUACGACCACUCACUUGCCAUCAAGAUCGGCGUCCACUUCUUCCUCUGGGGCAGUGCAAUCAAGUUUCUUGGGACAAAGCGCCACCAUGACAAAUGGUUGUCGGACACAGAAAACUAUGUUAUCAAGGGUUGUUUUUCCAUGACAGAACUGGGUCAUGGGAGCAAUGUACGAGGAAUUGAGACAGUGGCAACUUAUGAUUCUAAAACAAGAGAAUUUAUGAUAAAUACUCCUUGUGAAUCAGCUCAGAAGUACUGGAUUGGUGGAGCUGCUAAUCAUGCGACGCAUACUAUAGUCUUUGCACAACUCCAUAUAAAUGGGAGAAAUGAAGGAGUUCAUGCUUUUGUAGCUCAGAUUAGGGAUGAAAAUGAAAAUGUUAUGCCUAAUAUCCAGAUAGCGGACUGUGGCCAUAAAAUUGGAUUAAAUGGUGUUGACAAUGGACGAAUUUGGUUUAACAAUAUACGUGUUCCUCGAGAGAAUUUGCUGAAUCUGGUUGCUGAUGUUUUGCCAGAUGGGCAAUAUGUUAGCAUGAUAGAUGACCCUGAUCAGAGAUUUGCAGCAUUUUUGUCUCCACUUACACUUGGUCGAGUUAAUAUAGCAGUUAAUGCAGUUUAUGUUUCAAAGGUUGGCCUAGCAAUUGCUGUGAGAUAUGCUUUGUCAAGGAGGGCCUUUUCAGUUACACCAGAUGGUCCUGAAAUGCUGUUACUUGAUUAUCCCAGUCACCAGCGACGCCUUCUACCACUAUUAGCAAAAGCAUGUCUGAUGAGCAGUUCUGGUAAUUUUAUGAAAAGGAUGUACGUGAAGAGAACUCCUGAACUUAACAAGGCUAUACACAUUUACUCUAGUGCUCUUAAAGCUACACUAACCUGGCAGAAUAUGACCACGCUUCAGGAGUGUCGUGAAGCCUGUGGUGGCCAAGGUUUGAAGACAGAGAACCGCAUAGGAAUUUUCAAAGCUGAAUUUGAUGUCCAGUCUACAUUUGAGGGUGACAAUAAUGUUUUAAUGCAGCAGGUAAGCAAAGCCCUUUAUGCUGAAUUUUUGGCAGCAAAAAGGAAGAAUCAACCAUUCAAGGGACUAGGAUUGGAACAUUUGAACGGUCCUUGCCCUGUUAUUCCUGAUUACCUAACAAGUGGCAUAUUAAGGAGCUCCAAUUUCCAGAUGGACUUGCUCUGCUUAAGGGAGCGAGAUUUACUGAAACAAUUCACCACGGAGGUUUCUAACCAUCUGGCCCAAGGGAAAAGCAGAGAGAAGGCUUUGAUGCUGAGCUAUCAACUCGCUGAAGACUUAGCUAGAGCAUUUACUGAGCGCACAAUUUUGCAAAUAUUCUUGGAGGAUGAGAAGAAUAUUCCUACUGGUUCUUUAAAGGACAUAUUGGGCUUGCUGAGGUCUUUAUAUGUUAUGGUUUGCAUAGACGAAUCUGCAUCCUUCUUGAGAUAUGGUUGUCUAUCAAAAGAGAAUGUAGCCGCUGCUAGGAAAGAAGUGAUGACACUGUGCAGUGAACUCAGGCCCCAUGCACUUGCUAUUGUCAGUUCCUUCGGAAUCCCAGAUGCCUUCCUUAGCCCACUCGCUUUUGAUUGGAUUGAGGCAAAUGCGCGGUCUUUUGGGAAUGAAUGACUCGAUGCCAUUAGAUAGCUGUGGGGUUUUCCAAUGGAGCUACAACAGAUGGACUGCCUAACACAUUAUACGCAAUGCUAGGUGCAUUUACAACUUCCUAUCAUUAUUAUACAGGUUACAGUAAAGUGUAUAGUUCGAGAUGGUUAUGUCAUCUCGACUUCAUAAAAUAAUGGGAGUUCUUGUAAUUUUCCCUUCAGAAUGGGACAUACUUGAAUAAAUAGAUGUAGCCUUUUCUGGGUUAUUUGAAAGGUUUAAUGGAUAAACCUUUUUGUAGCAAUGCUCACACUUUGUUAGGUGUAUGUGGAUCACAUAAAAAAUUAUUUGAGAUGAAUAA